AUGGAGAAUGGGAUACCCGAGUUUGACUUCCGAGACCUUUUAAGCUCUCGAAACGAUGCACAGGGAGUCGAGUUAGGACAUGAGAUGCCUAACCGUGUGGUCGCGGAUAGAGACCAGGCAGAAAUAGUUUCUCCCAAAAUUAGAAGACGCGAUCCGCAAGCGGUACAUUUGCUAAAGAAAGUGAGCUUGCAGAGCACGUGUCUCUGCGUGAUUAUCCCACUUUUUUCGCUAUUUAAGCUCAUUUUAGCACCGCCUGCGUCGAACCCACGUAUGCUAGUGUUCAUGGGCGUCUACAUGCUGCUGUCGCAGGUAAGUCUGGUGGCCGGGUACCAUCGGUUCUUUACGCACAGCGCGUAUCAAUGUCAUCUCAUGGUUCAAGCCGUUUUUGCUAUUGUGGGCGGAUCAUGUGGAUUGGGCUCCAUUUUGGAUUUCUCCAGUCAGCAUUUGGCACACCACCGGCAUAUAGACACAGAGCGAGAUCCACAUGCGUGUAACGUUCACGGGUGGUUAUUUGCUCAGUGGGGACACAAAUUGUUCCGCGGGAACCGGAAAUCCGCACGGGCUGUCAAAGAAUGCCGGGCGACUUUUGAGUCUGCGGCAAAGGCGGGUUCGCACAAGGAUAACUCGCAACUGGUCACAUCGCCAAGUUACGCGCUUCUGAAAUGGCAAGAUGACAACUAUGGCGAAAUUUUGAUUUUAACAAUAGUGCUCAUCCCUUGCCUGUUGAGCCGGUUCUGCAAUGUGUCUUAUUUCAGUUCAAUUUUUUAUAUGGGAUUUGUGAGGAUGUCGUUAGUGCAGCAGCAGUGGCUUUUGGUGGGUUCACUUUGUCAUAUGAAAAGAUUUAUCUUUGCUUCGCAACCGUUUGAUGACUCCCGUUCUGCGGUAAACUUACCCAUGGGGUUUUUCUCUAACCUAGCCACUUUUGGUGAAGCAAGUCACAAUUUCCAUCACGAAUUCCCAGGUGAUUACCGAAACAGCAAUAAUCGGUACCAGUGGGAUCCAGCCAGAUGGGCCAUACUUCUUCUCUACUCAUUGGGGUUUGUCAAGAAGUUACAUUACGCAAGCCAGGAACAAGUGGACAAAUGCUUACUUCAACAACAGCAGAAACUGGUAGAUGAGGAGAGAUCGAAAUUACAAUGGGGUGUUCCGCUGGAUAAAUUGCCUAUAAUGGCACCGGAGCGGUUUGUGGAGCUUGCCAUGAUGGAGUUCAUAAAAAAUAAGAGAGCUCUUGUCGCUAUAGAGGGCGUAGUGCACGACGUAACGCCGUUCAUUUAUGAUCACCCUGGUGGGGUCGCGCUUGUCGAAACAAGUAUUGGCAAAGACGCUACUCAGGCAUUUAACGGCGCAGUGUACUUACAUUCACAAGCAGCGCGGAACCUGCUUGCUACGAUGAGAAUAGCAGUGCUUGGGCGCGGUCCCAUGGGGAUUGAGCCUACAAUAUGGGAAAAACACAUGCUUGAGAGUAACAAUUUCAAAAGUGACUCAAAGGGACGCGAGAUCGUGAGAAACAAACAACAGGUUACGUUUACGAAUAAAAAUCACUACGCUGCAGGAGCAGCUUAG